CCUCCACGAUCACGUGGUGGGGCGCAGGGUCCAGCCGUGUAGUUGAUGCAGACGCCUGGUAUUCGCCAUGGAGCUGGCGCAGCGGAGCUGUCCCGUGCCGUUGCUACUGCUGCUUCUGGGCCUGAGCACCGGAGCAGUCCUCAACUGGUCCACAGGGGAAGACAAGGAAGCAUGGGAUUAUGUGACUGUCCGGAAAGAUGCCCACAUGUUCUGGUGGCUCUAUUAUGCCACCAACCCCUGCAAGAACUUCACAGAACUGCCCCUGGUCAUGUGGCUUCAGGGUGGUCCGGGUGGUUCCAGCACUGGAUUCGGGAACUUUGAGGAAAUCGGGCCCCUUGACAGUGAUCUCAAACCACGGAGAACUACUUGGCUUCAGGCAGCCAGUCUCCUGUUUGUGGAUAACCCUGUGGGCACUGGGUUCAGUUAUGUGAACAGGAGUAAUGCCUACGCCAAAGACCUAGCCACGGUGGCAUCAGACAUGAUGGUGCUCCUGAAGACCUUCUUUGAUUGCCACAAAGAAUUCCAGACGAUUCCAUUCUACAUUUUCUCAGAGUCCUAUGGAGGAAAAAUGGCUGCGGGCAUUGCUCUAGAACUUCACAAGGCUAUUCAGCAAGGGACCAUCCAGUGCAACUUUGCCGGCGUUGCUUUAGGUGACUCCUGGAUCUCUCCCCUUGAUUCGGUGCUCUCCUGGGGGCCUUACCUGUACAGCAUGUCUCUUCUCGAUGACCAAGGUCUGGCAGAGGUGUCUCAGGUUGCAGAGCAAGUCUUGGAUGCCAUCAACAAGGGACUCUACAGCGAGGCCACCGACCUGUGGGGGAAAGCCGAAAUGGUUGUCGAACAGAACACAGAUGGGGUGAACUUCUAUAACAUCUUAACGAAGAGCUCCCCCAUGUCUGCAGUGGAGUCGAGUCUAGAAUUCACCCAGAGCCACCUAGUUCGUCUUUUCCAGCGCCACGUGAGACACCUACAACAGAAUGCCUUGAGUCAGCUCAUGAAUGGGCCCAUCAGAAAGAAGCUCAAAAUCAUCCCUGAAGACUGCUUCUGGGGAGGCCAGGCUACCAAUGUGUUUGUGAACAUGGAGGGGGACUUCAUGAAGCCGGUCAUCAGCAUUGUAGACGAGUUGCUAGAAGCCGGGGUCAACGUGACCGUGUAUAACGGACAGCUCGACCUCAUCGUGGACACCAUGGGUCAGGAGGCCUGGUUACGAAAACUGAAGUGGGCAGAGCUGCCCAAAUUCAGUCAGCUGAGAUGGAAGCCGCUGUACAGUGACCCUAAGUCUUCGGAAACAUCUGCUUUUGUCAAGUCCUACAAGAACCUGGCUUUCUACUGGAUUCUCAGAGCUGGGCACAUGGUUCCCUCCGACCAAGGAGACAUGGCUCUGAAGAUGUUGAGGCUGGUGACUCAGCAAGAAGAGGGGGGCCCAGGCUGGAGGUGAGCCUCUUGGUCUCGGGAAGCAUCCUUUCCCCUUUGAAUCGGACUUGGGGGAAGAACCUGGCCUUGGCUGUGGUUGUGAAGGUUCUCAUCAGCUCCCACAGAGAACAAAAUCGUUGCCUCUGUGGCAACUUGGAAAUCAUUUCUGUUUCUGAAAACUAAGGUUUUUUUUUUUUUUCCCAACUGGUUUUGUUUUAAUCAGAAUGAAGGGCUGAAAUAGAUGAACAUUUUCUCUUUACAAAAGCCAAUUAUGUGACUUAUAGAAAAAAGGAAAACACAGGUAACCAAAGAACGAAUGAACACCCACAGGUUCCCUUUCCAGGGAUAAGCACUGUUACCACUUUAGAAUAUAUAUCCUUGCAAAUCUUUUUUGUUGCUAUAUAUACAUAUCUAUUUUUUACAAAAACGGAGUCAUUGCUAUGUUAUUUUACGGUCUUUCAUUUUUCACUCAUCCCUAUGUCCUGAACACCUUUUCAUGUCAAUAAAUGUUCUUCUAUAGCA